AGAAAUUGAGGCAGUGGAUCCGAAAGGGGGAGGCUGGCAAGCGGGGCGGGAAGGUUCAAGGGCAAUCAAGGAAACAUCUAAACAUUUCAGUGUAGUAUGGUAUCAAAGUAUUUUUUGAAAAAUUACUUGCGGAAUAUGAAUAGUUUCAGUAUGAGAGCAAGAGUGUCAAGUGAUACCGAGGGCACUUCUAGUCGUGCUUUCCAAUGUAUUUCUCAUCAAUAAAAACAUUGGUGUGGUGCCAGCAAAUUUUUAUUCUUGCAAGUGUGUUCCAGAGAAAAAACUUUGAGAGUGUUGGCUUGGGGAAGUCGCAGGUUCAAAUCAAAUCUCUGCUCACUGGAUGGCUUUGGAGAUCCCCCCCCCCCAAAUCUCUCUGCACAGCCUGCUUAACAGGGUUGUUGUCAGGUUAAAGUGUGCAGGCUUGUCUGCCAUCUCAAGCUCUUUAGAGGUAGUGUCAGAAACUCAGAUAUAUACCUUAAGCUAGGCACUGAAUGGCUCAUUAAACCAAGGCAAGACGGCUCUAAAGUCUUUAUUUUUCAAAUGAUGGACUGAUCAUGAUUGAUUAUCAGUUAAACAUCUGGCUAACAGAUGACAACCUUGAGCUAGGUCAGGCUUCCCCAACCUCAGCCCCCCAGAUGUUUUGAGACUACAAUUCCCAUCAUCCCUGACUUGCUAGCUAAGGAUCAUGGGAGUUGUAAGCCAAAAACAUCUGGAGGGCCGAGGUUGAGGAAGCCUGAGCUAGGUGAAGAACUUUGAGAACUUAAAGAAGAAAAGUUACUUUAUCCAGGGACAGUCCACAUAUAUAUUGACCUAUUCUAGGGUUGCCAUAUGUCCAGAAUUUCCUGGACUACUGUAGUUGGAAGCACUGUCCUGGCAGAAAUUGGCAAAAUGUCUGGGAAAAUCCGCAUGUAUGGCAAGCCACGUCAGCAGUGUUGUUUUUGCUGAUUUCCCAAAAAAAUAGCUCAAAAGUGGCAUUUUGUGUGCGCGUGGAUUCCCACUUUUUGAAAUACGGCAGCUGUAGCCUAUUCCAACCUGUUUUUCAUAAUGGUAACAGACCAUUUGUAACAUAAGAAUAUUAUUCACAACUGUGAACUGUGGGUUGGGGUAAGUGAAGACAUUCACUAUAACAUUGUUCACUGCUCCUCCUCAGGCUGCACAGAAAAAGCAUAUUGGUUCCUUGAAAUUCAUUCUGAUUGUGCAGAUAAAAUGUAACUGAUAGAAUUCUUCAAGAUGUGGCAUUAGUGUGUGAAAACAGUUAAGACCCAAAGAUUCCCAGGUAUGCAUUUCCAGAUGGUGGUAAUGUCAGGUGCCAUCCUGGCAGUGCCCAGGCAGCUUCAUUUGGUCACAAGUGGCCAAUAGUCUGAGUCUGGUGCCUGGCUAAUUUUGAACACUGUUUAGAGAGCAGGUAGUGAUGAUGGGGUGAAAAAGAUUAAUAAUUCUACAUGCAGUUUAUUGACAGGUGAACUAUGGUGGAAAUGUGUGAAAUUGCUUUGUGUGGGAUUGGGUUGUUUAUCAGUCUAGUUCGGGGUUAGCCAAUAUAGUGGCAUCCAGAUGUUGCUGGACUGAAAGUCCCAUCAGCCCCAGCCAGCAAGGGGUGAUGGGAGCCUGAUCUAGCUCAUCAUGGUCUCCUCUGACUGGUAGCUGACUGGUAGCAGGAGUAUUAUCUAAAAUAUUCCUAAAGUGCAAUACUACAAUAUACAUGGACGGCACACAGUAGGUCGGUAUCUUUCAUUGGGCUGGCUUGGUGGUAAAGCAUUACCGGUAUAUUAGGCUGAAAUGAUGGAUGCACAGUACAGAAUUUCACCAGAAAAGGAAGGGUUGGGAAAAAGAAAACUGGUGGUUAGUAGCUUUGUCUUUCUUGGGAGUAUAAAUGUAUUCAGGCAUUUUCUUUUUCCUGCCUUGCAUUCAGUUGACAAGGGUUUUUUAUAGGCACCAAUUAGUAUAGAUCAUAAUUUCUGAAAUUGAGGACUGGGGACCACCAUUAGGCACUAGCCCACUUCCAGAUCAGUGUUGGCACUGCAGCCCACCCCCUCUCACAGGGGACAGAUGCAAGCAGCAGCUCCAAAAGCCACGAUAAACGGGGAAUAGAGAAGGUAGCUGGUAUAGGAGGAAGUGAAUGUACAAGGAGCAGGGAGGAGGGAUGGAAGGAAUUGCCUGUACUUGGGGGUGGGAAUAGGGCACAAAUUAUAUGUGAAGGUAAAAGGGAGAAGAAAUCGAAGGGGGAUAAAAAAAUACUUUGAGAGGCAUAUAGGAAGCAAGCAGACAAGCAUAUAAAAUAAAAAGCCAUCUUUACUUGGAGAGUCCAGAUUAACACAUUCUGCCUAAAAUGGGGAGGCUGAGUUGAAAUACCUCCAGAAUCAAUGCUAAUUUGACUUGAGGAAAGCUUGGAACAAUGAUUUAUUAUUGAAAGAAUUAGAUACAGAGAAUGGUAAGACUUAGGUUGGAUUCCUUGCUUUUUAGUGAAUCUGCUCUAUAGAAAGAAUUGACUCACCUGAGUGAAUUGAAGAGCUGGAUUAGGAAUUGAAUGGCUGAAUUCAGAAUGCACUACUGCCAGUAAUUACAAGAGCUGGCUGCAUACAGAUACUCCCUUUCAUCCCAAGCAGGAGGCUUGGAGCCUCUAUAGCUGGCAGGCGUUUGAUGAUGAUAAUCAUUCUUGAGUUUAUACCUGGGAUAGCUCAGCUGGUAGAGCAUGAGACUUAUGCCCAUAGCCGUGGGUUUGAGCCCCAUGUUAGGCGAAAGAUUCCUGCAUUGCAGGGGGUUGGACUAGAUGACCCUUGUGAUCCCUUCCAACCUUACAAUUCUGUGAUUAUGUGAGGUCCUUAUUACAAAAAAACCUUAAAAAAGAAUUCUCAAUAUUCAAGAAAAUUAACCUCCUUAAACAAUGUAACUCUUUAUUCCCUCUGCCUACGCCAUGGUUUAAGGUUGUUCCUGAAUUCUUAUAGGUGUCAUAUUCCCUUUUCCAAGGGAAAGGUUGUUUUGAUGUAUACUAAGGUAAGGGUCCCUUCAAGUAGACCUGUCUUAUAUGAAUGUUAUGUAUAACUUAUGUGUACAUUUGAGAAGCCAGUUGUAAACAGUUUCCCAGUGCACAUGCCAACAUAUACUAUCUCCCUGUCCCUAUCCCCCACACAUUGCACAUUCAUGCUUUUCACACCUCUAGACUUUUAUGAAGCGGCUCCUUCCCUUCAGGGAUUAAACCUAGUAGGGUAGUGAUAUGGAUUAAUGUGUAUUUUUUAAAGUUUGCCUGUCAUGCUGUCGUUGAAGGUUUGGUAUAUACAGUGCAUUACAGUGAGUAAAAAAGUAGUGGUUGCAGGUAUUAUAAGUGAUAGCUUUGAUCUCUAAUGAUGCAUGCAUUUCCCCCCCAUAUUUGACAGGUGUAUAUCAAAGAGCUAGAGGAGAGUCCUGUAGGUUCACGUUGAGAAGUAAAUGAUUUAAGAGCUAAAUUGUGAAAUAAGAAGUCUGCAACCAUGUUCGGCUGUGGUCCUGCUAGACCCCCAGACCCCAUGGCUAUCCCACCAUCCUACUGUGACCUGGGGAAAUCUGCCAGGGAUGUAUUCAACAAAGGAUAUGGGUUUGGAAUGGUCAAGUUAGAGUUGAAGACCAAGUCUUCCAGCGGAGUGGAAUUUAUCACCACUGGUUCCUCCAACACAGACACAGGCAAAGCCUCAGGCAGCCUAGAGACCAAAUAUAAGUUCAAGGACUAUGGACUUACGUUCACUCAGAAAUGGAACACUGACAACACCUUGGGGACAGAACUGUCCAUGGAGAAUAAGCUGGCUGAGGGACUGAAGCUGACCCUUGAAACCAUGUUUGUACCAAACACAGGGAAGAAGAGUGGAAAGUUGAAGACAUCCUAUAAACGGGAGUAUCUAAACCUAGGUUGUAAUGUUGACAUUGACCUCGCUGGACCAACCAUCCAUGGUUGGGCUGUUCUGGGCUAUGAAGGUUGGCUUGCUGGGUAUCAGAUGGCUUUCGACACAGCCAAGUCCAAACUUUCACAGAAUAACUUUGCAUUGGGAUAUAAGGCAGCAGACUUCCAGCUGCACACAAAUGUGAAUGAUGGCACUGAAUUUGGUGGCUCAAUCUAUCAGAAGGUUAAUAACAACAUUGAAACAUCUGUCAGUCUUGCUUGGACCGCUGGCAGUAAUAACACUCGGUUUGGUAUUGCCACCAAGUACCAGUUGGAUGAUAAAGCUUCUGUCUCGGCCAAAGUCAAUAACGCCAGCCUCAUUGGACUUGGCUACACUCAGACCUUACGACCUGGUGUGAAGUUGACUCUCUCUGCUCUGAUUGAUGGCAAGAAUUUCAGUACUGGUGGCCAUAAAAUUGGGCUGGGAUUUGAGCUGGAAGCUUAAUGUAGGUUUUAAUGAAGUAUUAGAUCUUUAUUUGGAAGAUGAAGGAGAAAACAAACCCCACAUGUUCUGGCCUUAAACUCUUCCGUGAAACUUCAAAAAGUGUGAACUUGAUAUUCUUCCAAAGAAUUGUUGUAACCCCCAACAUUGAAGUCUGGAGAGUGCAAACCUACCAUGAAGGGAAAUACUUGAAGGCAUGCAUGGAAGUUGUAAUGGUUGUGCUACAUUUCAGUUCAGUUCCUCAGUUUCUUUAAAAUGUGUUCCUCAGAAGACAGCAUAGCAUCUGGUGAAAGGAAAUAAUCUCCCAUCCUUCUGUGUUCCUACAUCACAUCCUGCAUGUCCUGCACCUCACGACCUUUUGUAUAACUGGUCUCUGUGCUGUAGUGAAAGCUUUGGUUUUGCAUCAAAGUGGAAAUAAAUCAAAAUCACAUUUGGAAGUUACUCCUUGUAUGGUUACUGUCUCUUUUAGCACACUGGUAAAAAGCCAAAGAUUAAGCUACAAUAGGGAGACGAGAAAGGAGAGAGGGUUGUAUUACAUUUUGCUCUCAUAUCUAAUUGGAGGCUGGCUGUAUGUAAAAAACAUUGAUCUGCUAGACAAGUGCAACACCUGGCAAUUAGAGAGGGACAUUUGUGUUACUCUGAAUGUUCAUUCUCUUCAGUAGAUGGAAGGGAACCAGGCAACUGUCACUCUCCUCACUUGCACUGUAGGCUGGCCUAUGCUAAAGCAUUGGACUAAGUCCCGCCUGGUAGAAAUAGCCCCCCUCCCCCAGUUUCAUCAUGUAAUUCAGCUGAGGUGCUUAGAGGUGGGGGAUCCAAGCAAGGGAUGUUGGAUAGCAGCACUGACCAUCCUAGGUGGUGGGCUAGUCUUUCUGCCAUUUUCUUUUUUAACGAGACUGGGGGUGCCUUUGGGGAGGCGAGUACUCAACUGAUUAUGUUUACCAAAGUCAAGUAUGCCAUCAGUUCUCUUUGGUGCCUAUGUGCUUUAGACAAAAGGAUAGGGACAUGGGGUCAUAUCCAGUGCUGCUGUUUCCCAAGUGCAGCAGACCUGCUUGCACAACAAAACUCGCCCCUUCCCGUACUCUCAAAAUCCAUUCCAGAAGAUUGGAGCAGGUUUUGAGGGUGUGUGGAGAGAGGAAGGGGCAGUCCUGUUCCAUUAGUGGAACUCUGCGUGUGUAGCAUUGGACACAAUCUAGAUACUCCUGAGGAAUAUGAAGCAAAGUUUUGACCUUCAGGGUGCAGGAAAGAUUAGUUUAGUCAGCACUGACAUACAACAAGGGCUGAAAUUUGUCUGGCCAAUGUUAUGACAACUAAGAACAAGUAUUCCCAGGGCAGCAACUUGAGAGGAAAUUUACUUGAUUGGUUCAGUGUUUGCCUGGUCUGAAGUUCUUUUCAAGAUCUUGAUUGAGUUCUUGUGCAGCAAUAUGGAAUGCAAAACUCCAACAGCGCUUCAGAUGAGGCAUUGAAAUCCCUUCCCCCGAAAACCUAGCUAGGGCUUUCUAGCAUCAAUAAGUAUUGGGGUAGAGUGCUUCACCCACUGCAGCAUGGCUGAAGCAAAACCUGCAUUGCCUGAGAGAUGAAUGUUUUGGGAGAACAUUCAUAGCUUUGGACAGAGACUUGGUCAGGUUGAUCAUAGUAGUUUUGCAACCCAAGUCCUUCAAGGCCAGUGAAGCAGCACCACCAGAAUUAGUUCUGCUUUCUUGUAACUGGAUUUGACACAGUAUUCUAGAUGGGAGUGUUGAGAGUGGAAGUGUGUAUAAGAUACUUUAAGCCCAGUUCAGUCAGAGUGCAUCUCUAACACUUGUCACAUCUCUACAAUCUUGUGAGAAUCUGCUGAGCUAUUUAAUUUAGGAAUAUUUUGGAAUUAUAGCUUGGGCAAUGAAUGCCAAGGUCUAAAGAGCCAGUGCUCCAGAUCUUAACUUUAGUCCAUCCUUGAGUUGCGAACCCCUUCAGAUGCUUCAGUCAGAAGGAUACUUUGGCUAUGGAAAAAUGAGGGCCUAACACAUCUGCCUUGUUAAGUGCAGGAAAGAACAUAAUUUUGUCCUUGGAAAGGCCAUCUUGUUAUUAUCUUUCUCAUUAUGAUCAGCGUGACCCCAUCCAAACACUGUGAUCCUACCAGCUUUGUUCUUCAAGGCAAUGCAUUUCACAGGAGACGGUAGAUACAGCCAACAUGGUGCUCCCCAGAUGCUGCUGAACAACAUCCCUCAAUCCAACCUCUGGCAAAGCUGUGGAUUUUAAGUCCAGCAGCUGCUAGCAGGCACCACACUGGUUACUCCUAAGUUACAUGGUCCUUAGGCUUUUAAGCCAGUAUGUUUGUAGCUGCAUGUCAAACCACAUAACCUGCCUUAGCUGCUUGGACUUUAUUGCCUAAGCUAGACCUGGCAUUGCCUCUGCUUGCACUGGGUACUGUACAACUUGCAAGGUUUGGGGUCCUUUGAAGGUAGCAUCACUGGAACAAAGGUGGUUACCCCUACCUGGUGACCAUUAAGUUGAAAGCUAAUUGCAGAGACCAACUUACGAUACAAGUGGAAGAGGUAAGCCUCCCUGAAUUGCUAUCCUUAUCUGUAAUAGUAGAUACUGACCCAUAUCCUGCAUGAAUGCUAUUUCUAAAACUGGCACUUCUAAGUUUGCUUCCAAGUCAGAGGUUUAAUAGUGGGAAGUGGUUAGAGUAGGCAAUUUAUGCUUUAGGGAGGUCUGGAGAGAAUUUACACUCAAACAUAGUACAGAAACAGUAUAUUUUAUAUAUACAUAUGAUUAAGGGUAAAAAAAAUGAAUACAAUCAGUCAGUGGGCAAUAGGCAUAGAUUUCUCAACAAAGAUAGCAGCCUUGUUCAUAGCAGGCUACCAAGUUUUAAAAUGUUAGCUUUUAAGUGGUUUAAUAGUGCCCUUUUCACAUCUGGGUUUGUUCUAGGCCUUUUCCUCUUUCUUCCUCUUGAAGUUUCAACCAACUCCAGUCCAGAGCCUAAAACAAAACAAGUGCUUAUUGAGACACCUCACUCAUAAAAACUGUGGCUUCCUGUCCAAUUCCCUCCAAAGUAUUUUUCACCUCAGGUUAAAUCCUCUCUUGUGUGACUAUAAGCUAGUCUAAAUAAGAGUGCUUUCUCACUGGCUAGAAACAAGUUAUUGGUGCUAUCAUAUGGGGAAGGCCACCUACCUGUCAACCAUCUAACAUCAGGUGUCGGAGAGAGGGGCAAUGCCACCCACUGUCAAACUGACCUGCAGGGACUGUACUGGUAAAGCAUCAGUCUCUCCCCUCCCCUCGCCCCAGUCACUUGACAACAGAAAACGUGAGAUGUUACCAUAAAGCUAUGCUCUUGAUCCUUCAUUGUGUGGUGCAUCACAUUCUCUAGCUGACUGCAGAGACUUCGAGAUUCCACCAGCAAUUCCUCACUAAGAAACAAAUCAGAGUAUCACAAUAAAAGGAACUGGCAUAAAGGAGGUCCAUUUUUUCAUCAAUGCAUACUUUCGCCAGGAUUAGCAGAGCUGCUUCAUGCCUUCAUUAGGCUAGUGGGAACCUAUUUUUGUUGUUUUGUAUUUAAAAAGUGAAUCACAAACUGCUUUAACUGCCCUCAGUUUGCUGUGUCACUAAAGGGGUGCUCUUCAAAUGAAGUGUAAAGCAUGCUUCUUUUGGCUGAAUCUGAGAACAGAUAAUAAAAAGGGUAACUAGUGAUACAGUGCAUGCUUUAAAAAUAAUUCAUUCCUUGCUUGAAAAAAAAGCAUGUACAUUGCAAUGCUGAACAGAGGAAUGAAUCUGUUUGUCUUUGAGAACGUGUAUCGGAAGCCAGUAGAGUAUUUCCUUGUGAAGUCAGCCAGCUCCAACCAAGCAUACUACUAGUCACACACCUUUCUUCUGUCAUGAGUAUCCAUCACUGGUGUCAAGGUGACCUGUGACGAGUAUUGCCUACAGGUUACAGCACAUAUGUAACAUACAAAAAUGCAACACAGGAACUUUAGACACAUUUGUAAGAUGACAUAGUCUAUGCAUGUGCUUCUGAAUCUCCAUGCAUCUUUCACAGCAGGCCUCUUGAAUCAUAAGGGCAAGGCUCCUCUCUUGAAAACUGGCACUGGUUUUAAGAGUCAAUAUUAAGGUGUUCUAGGCAGAUAUUCACUGCAUACUCUAGUACAGGCAUCCCCAAACUUCGGCCCUCCAGAUGUUUUGGACUACAAUUCCCAUCUUCCCCAAACACUGGUCCUGUUAGCUAGGGAUCAUGGGAGUUGUAGGCCAAAACAUUUGGAGGGCCGCAGUUUGGGGGUGCCUGCUCUAGCAUGUACUAAUUCAAGUGAAGCAGUGAGAGAUGUGUAUGUCUGCUGGUUCUUUAAAAGCAUGGACACAAAUCGACUGAAGCUGCUAUGAUGGCAUUUGGGAGUGCUGGAUAGCCUGCUGUUCCUUUCAAGCACUGGGAAUCUCUGCCAAUGGCUCAGCUGGACAGCUUUUCUUCUUCACCAAGUUGGUUGAUGUAUUCCGAGACCUUUUCCACUUCUGGCUUUGCUCAACUCUGUUCCUUUAUAUUGGAACUACAUAUAAACUCUUCCUCACACCUUUUUGAAGAGAACUAAAGCAUAGUAACUGAAGUAGGGAUUGUAUGCCAAACUGAAUGAAGUGCUUUUUGGGGUGGUCGUAAGAAACUUGAUAUUGGAUUCUGUGAUGUCACAGUUCAAUGGUAAAGCAUGUUUUGCAUGCAGAGAGUUCCAGAUUCAAUUACCGGGAUCCCAGGUUUAAAAGAGUUGCAGGUGACAGGAGUUGCCUCUCCCUGAGAUAUUGUAACACUGCUGCUAGUCAGAGUAGACAAUGCUGGACUAGACAGACCAGUUGUCUGACCCUAUAUGGCACCUUCAUGUAUUAAAAGGCAAAAGUACAAAUAAUGUAAUAUUAAAUUAUACACAUUAGUACUGAAUUGUGAAAGGAGAAACUGCUGUUGUGAAGUUCUUCCUCCAGUGUCUCAUGACCCUGCAUUCUGUGGUGUGAGACCAUGUCCAGACUGUUUGGGUUCUGCCUACAUCUAAACAAGCACUGUUAGAAAGCAAAAUAAAAGCAGAUGCCUAAUGGCAAAGAUUGGCAGAAUUACACAUUUCCUUUUCCUGCAGGGUAACCACCACCAUACCAAGAUAUUAAAAGUGUUCAACAUGUAUCUACCUAGGUAAAGGUAAAGGGACCCCUGACCAUUAGGUCCAGUCAUGACCGACUCUGGGGUUGCACGCUCAUCUCGCAUUAUUGGCCGAGGGAGCCGGCGUAUAGCUUCCAGGUCAUGUGGCCAGCAUGACAAAGCCGCUUCUGGCAAACCAGAGCAGCACAUGGAAACGCCGUUUACCUUCCCGCUGUAGCGGUUCCUAUUUAUCUACUUGCAUUUUUGACGUGCUUUCGAACUGCUAGGUUGGCAGGAGCUGGGACCGAGCAACGGGAGCUCACCCCGUCACAGGGAUUCGAACCGCUGACCUUCUGAUCAGCAAGCCCUAGGCUCAGUGGUUUAACCACAGCGCCACCUGGGUUAUCUACCUAACCCAGGAACAAAUUAAGGAGGAGCUUCCAUAAGCCCAAUUUGUGGUUGUAGUACCCUGUUUCUCCGAAAAUAAGACGUAGCCAUAAAAUAAGCCGCAGGAGUAUUUUUAAGCAUUCAAGGAAUAUAAGCCAUACCCCGAAAAUAAGACAUAGUGAGAGGUGCAGCAGCAAUGCCGGUCAUGGCAGGAGGAGGAAAGAAUAAGACAUCCCCUGAAAAUAUGCCAUAGUGUGUGUUUUUUGAGGAAAAAUAAAUAUAAGACAGUGUCUUAUUUUCGGAGAAACACGGGUAUGUAUCUUUUACUUUUCUGGUUUCUCAAACAGCAAGGGAAAGUAUUACCCAGUUCAACUAACUGCAGACAAAAAAGGGUAAUGCAGAACAAGUACCUUCAAUCUUUUCAGACCGAGUACUGGUAAACACUUUUAAUCCAAACAUGCAGUUGGGAACCAAUUCUUACUCUUCUACCAUAUAUUUGCAUGGUGCUGCUGCCCUUGUUAUGACCCCGCCCCCCCGGAUCAGGCCAUGACACACUAGUGCUCCCAAACCACCUACUGAAGACCAGAGCAGAGGUAACCAAUAACUAUGAGAGCAAACCAUUGCCUUAAAUAUUACCUUUUAAUCCCAGGAUCCUGUAGAUUACUGUGCAGGGCUGGAACCUGCAAUGAGAGUUGACCGGGAUUACUAAGGCGUGAUGCGCUUAUGCUGUCUGGGCUCCCACUGACAGGCCCACGCACCUUGCUCUGCAGGAGAGGAAGAACACAGAUUCAACAAUUCAAAGUGUUGGUGCUGACCUUUAAAGCCCUAAAUGGCCUCGGUCCAGUAUACCUGAAGGAGCAUCUCCACCCCCAUUGUUCAGCCCGGACACUGAGAUCCAGCGCCGAGGGCCUUCUGGCAGUUCCCUCGCUGCAAGAAGCCAAGUUACAGGGAACCAGGCAGAGGGCCUUCUCGGUAGUGGCACCUGUCCUGUGGAACGCCCUCUCACCAGAUGUCAAAGAGAAAAACAACUACCAGACUUUUAGAAGACACCUGUCUUUUAAUGUUUAACAGACUAUUGUAUUUCAAUAUUUUGUUGGAAGCCGCCCAGAGUGGCUGGGGAAACCCAGCCAGAUGGGCGGGGUAUAAAUAAUAAAUUAUUAUUAUUAUUUAUUAUUUAUUAUUAUUAUUAUUAAGCUUUCUACAUACAAAAUGAAGAAAUACACUAUUUUCAUUUAAAGGCAUUGCUGCCAGUGAUUUUCAAACAGCUGUCAGGAUCCCUGAAGAAUAUCAGUAAUACAAAGUUCACAAUGCAGGGUGUAGCAACAGGAAAGGACGGGGCAUGCUCUAGGUUAUACACUAAGUUAAUGUGAGGCCCAACAAGUCUGGCAAGUGGCCUAGAGCCCUCCUCAGAAUUUGUGCAGCCCACUGGUUUCUUAGCAGACAAGAAGAUGGGGAAAGGGUUCUCCGAAGAUUUUGAGAAUUGGGAGGGAGCUGUGGGCACAGUUAAUGCUACUUGAUCUUCGCCAGA